AUGACAUCUGUAUUGCCAGCUCAGAAAGAAAUGGGAAGUGGAACAUACACAUUCUCUAGCCAUCCCAGGGUGGUUCAAAACCGUCGUAAAUACAGGACAAUAGAGCUACCUACGACUGAAGAGACAUAUCAUUAUGGAAAUAUUAUGUAUGAUAGAAGAGUGGUGCGUGGUAACACAUAUGCACAGCAUGUACUACCCCUGGCAGCUCAGCCAGAUCCAGUGGAAAUCCAGAGAGCACAGGAAGCACACAGGAGAGCACUGGCAAAGAAACGUGCCAAAGAACUAUUGAGACCCAGGACUCCGGAGCCAGUGGAGGGCAGGAAGCACAUUGAUGUGCAGACAGAGCUUUACCUGGAAGAGCUGAGUGACCGUGUUGAAGAGAAAGAUAUGGAAUGCCAGACAGAUGCCUUUUUGGACAGACCACCUACACCUCUGUUUAUUCCGGCAAAGACAGGAGUUGAUAUUGCCACUCAGAUCUUGGAAGGAGAACUUUUUGACUUUGAUCUGGAGGUUAAACCAGUGCUGGAGGUGUUGAUUGGUAAAACAAUUGAGCAGGCUUUACUGGAAGUAAUGGAAGAAGAGGAACUUGCCAACUUAAGAGCACAACAGCGUGCCUUUGAGGAGCUGCGCAAUGCCGAACUUUCUGAGGCACAGCGUCUCGAAGAACAGGAGAGAAGACACAGGGAAGAAAAGGAAGGGCGCAAGCAUCAACAAAGGGAAAUGCUUUUGAAAGAAAAGGAGACGGCAGAGAAGGUGGCGGCAAGGGCUUUUGCACAGCAGUACCUGGCUGACCUUAUUCCAUCUGUAUUUAGCAGCCUAAGGGACAAUGGAUAUUUCUAUGACCCAGUGGAAAGAGGUUUGUGUUUUCAAAUAUAUAACGUUAUCUAUCUUGGUUAUAAAUAUAAAACACACCUGAGAACUUUAAGAUUGUCAUAUUAUGUGAAACUGUUAGCAAACCUAUCUAUACUGAAUACAUUUGCAACAGAAACUGCCAGCAGACCUUGA